GCCAUGAAUGCAUCAUCUUUGUCAAAUUAGCUAAACAAACCUCUUGUUAAGUAAAUAUAAGAGUUACAGCGGUCGGUCGACUGGGAGAGAGUCUGAGACCAAACUGUUUAGCUAUAAAUAUAUUUAUAUUUAAUACAUAACAACGCGCUGCGGUCAAACACAGCCCGUGACCUUUAACCUUUGACUAUGUUUGUUCUCAGCAGUAAUGGACGGAAGACAUGACCCACCUUGUAUGAGAGCAGACCGUGUGAGUUUAACGAAGCAGCUCAGUUCCGCAGCAGUGACCGUGGAGGCGGAAGGUGAACAUGAGCCUUUAACAGGUGUGAUGGCGGUAGGAGGACUGAUGACUGCAGAUACGUGGCUUUAGGGGGGCAGCACUGCCCUAGCCGGCACCAUGCAGCAGAAAGGUGCCAUCCAGAUUAUCGAAUGGGAAGACCUGGACAAGAGGAAGUUCUACUCCCUGGGUGUGUUUAUGACCUUGACCACCAGGGCCACCGUCUACCCAGCCAGCCUCAUCCGCACUCGGCUCCAGGUGCAGAAGGGGAAGGCCCUCUACUCUGGAACCUUUGAUGCUUUCUGCAAGAUCCUGAGGUUAGAGGGUGUGCAAGGCUUGUACCGUGGUUUUAUGGUCAGUACGUUCACCCUGGUGUCAGGACAGGCUUAUAUCACCACCUAUGAACUGGUGCGCAAGUAUGUGUCCCAGUACUCGCCCAGUAACACGGUGAAGUCAGUGGUGGCAGGAGGGGCAGCGUCCCUGGUGGCCCAGACCAUCACUGUGCCCAUAGACGUGGUGUCUCAGCAACUGAUGAUGCAAGGACAGGGGGAACACCUGACUCGCUUCAAGCCCAAACCCAAAAUGAUGCUCGCAGCAAGCAAACGCAGACUGACUUUCGGGCAAACCCGUGACAUUACGGUGCAGAUAUUUGCAGCCGAUGGCUUCAGAGGAUUUUACAGGGGCUACGUGGCAUCGCUACUCACGUACAUCCCAAACAGUGCACUCUGGUGGCCUUUUUAUCAUUUUUAUGCAGAGCAACUGUCCUUGAUGGCGCCAAGCGGGUGCCCCCAUCUGAUUCUGCAGGCUUUGGCAGGACCAAUGGCAGCAGCAACCGCCUCCACCAUCACCAACCCCAUGGAUGUUGUUCGAGCAAGAGUACAGUCUCCUGUCUGUCAAAGGUGGAGGGACGAUCGUCUGUUAUCGAGACGUUCAAGCAGCUGCUGGCAGAAGAGGGCGUCUGGGGGAUGACCAAGGGGCUGUCGGCUCGCAUCAUUUCCUCCAUGCCUACGUCGGUGCUCAUUGUAGUGGGAUAUGAGACUCUGAAGAGACUGAGCCUGCGAGCUGAUUUGAUCGAGACCAGACACUGGUGAGAGGCCAGAGGAAACCAGGACAGCCUUGUGCCAGGCUUCACCUCAACACAGAUCUGUGUCCAGUCUCUGGGGUAACCGCUCAGCUGUGUAGCUGCUACCACAGGCCUUUUAGAUCAGUGCUGUUUCAAUGUAGGUAUGAUGCAGCGGCAGUGUUUGUCUUUAGAUACAUUUGGGAGUUGCUGGUGUUAUCACCUUGCUUUCUUUCUGUGCAGACCCAUUUCUACUGGCCUCUUUUUCUUUCUGCUAAACUGUUACUGUGAAAUAUGAAGCUAUAAGUGCCAAAACCAAAUUGAAAAAUCUUCAGAUACAGAAAAGUCUCCCCUUAAAAGGAUUGUAGAUAACUCAAGACCCUUGGACCCCUGUACCAGUGUAUUUUUUUAUACCUGGACGUGUAGUUGUUCAGUUUUGGGUUUUUUUACCGUGUCAUACUUUAACUGUACAGAUGCAAACGUGUGAACACUUUUGCUGGGUUCAGUUUUUUUUAAAACAGCUACUCUGCAGUAAAUCACAUUAUGUAUUUUAAAGAGAAUUUGUGACAAGGCCAUUGUAAGGGGUUUUCAGUGUGCCAAACCGAAUGCCUUGUUUGUCCUAUUGAGCACGUCAAGAGCAGAAAAGCUUGUUAUCUGUGUGCAUUCCAGUGAAAAGAAAAUCUUGUGCAGAGGUGUGAAACACCUGCUAAGAAUCUCACCUUCAGUCUAUGCCCUAAAUGAGUACAAGAUGUUAAUAAUAGUGUAAAGGUAAAAGAAUAUCCCACUACAAUAGCAAUGUUGUUAAAUUGUACAGAAGAAAUCAGUUCAGUGUGAUAAUUAAGACUUCCAAAAGUAUAUUUAUAACGUGUUUGAUGUUCUGUUUACUUACAGGACAACAAAUAUUCAGUUCAUCUCAAGAGGUCUCUGUGAAACCUGGCCCACGUUAGUGUAGUUCGACCUUAAAGGCUUUCUGUACUGUAUUUAGCUGUGUCCCAUGAUUUAUUUUGUGAAGUCACUGUGGCAGGUAUAACGAUGAAUUCUAUGUAUAGAUAAGUUGAGCGGGCCAAUCAGGCAGGUGUUUUUGCUUCUUUCCGUUCCUGUCUGCGUAAAUGGACUGUACACAACAACGUGGAGCUCGACAGAAACAAUGAGAAAAGAUGAGAUGUAGCCGAGGAGGUGUGAACUUCAAUGUUACAAGCAUUAGAGCUCAUUUAUGUUCCUCAUGGGCCACUACUACUGUUGUGUUCUGUAUAUCGUUUAUAAUGUUAGGGAUGACCAGGGAUUAAAUCUGCCAUCAUUUGGUUACAGGGCAGAAACUUAAACCACUGGGCUAUUCUGCUAACAUACAUCAACACCAGCAGACACAAUUAAACUUCAGAGUUGCCUUCAGGUUUCACCUAAUGAGUGUGAGGUACAUCAACGGGACUAAUGUAAUGUUGGGCAUGAAAUGCAGUUGGAAAAGAUGCAGCCAUGUUUGGAAAUGAGUAUUACUGCCACGAAGCACAUCUCAGUGAUGUUUCUUUUUAUUCUGUACAACUCAAUAGAACUUCCUCCAAUUUCUGAACUGAAUGUGAUUUAAUUUCCGAAAAGCCAAUUUAAUGGACCUUUUUUAUGGAGGAAGUGCUACACCUGUAUUUACCAACUACCUGCUCUGUGUGUGUAAUAUCAAAGAAUUGUUAAUGGUACAGUUUGAUGUUUUAAACAUGCAAAACGUGUGGAUCUUUGAUGAAACGUAAUAAAGACUUCUGAAUCACUGCA